UAUUAACUUUAUAAUGGGAGAUAAUAAUAUUUUACCGUAUCCUUACGAAUUUCGUGAUAUAAGUGACGAAGAAAAGUCCCUUUUGAAUAAACUCCAUACUUAUCCGGAUGCAUCAAACUCAGCUCGCGUUGGCCCCAAGGGUUAUAUAGUGAACAAAGUUUUCAAAAAGGAUGCUGCUAAUAUCUACAACAUGCCGCUCAGGCCUAGCGACAUAUUUGUCACCAGCUAUCAAAGAUCAGGAACUACAUGGACCCAAGAGCUGGUGUGGCUGCUGGCAAGUGAUUUGGAUUAUGAAAAAGCUUUAGCUGUUCCACUUACCGAAAGAUAUUCGUUUUUGGAAAUGUUUAUGUUUGUACCAGACGCAGGGUUAGAAAGUUUCAUAAAGACUGUGAGUACGAAUAGUGAAAAUUUUAAUAAGGAAAAGAUGAUGGGACUUGUUAAUUGGCUCGGUACUCCGGUAUCGCGCGCCCUGGCCACCACGCCGUCACCACGAUUUAUAAAGUCCCACCUUCCGAUGUCUUUGCUGCCUCCAAAACUCUUAGACACAGCAAAAAUGGUGUACAUCGCCCGGGAUCCUAGAGACGUUGUCGUAUCAUACUACCAUCAUACCAGACUUUUCAUGCUGACAGGUUUUAAUGGGACUUUCAAGGAGUUUUGGCACCUAUUCCAUCAGAGUUUAUUGCCGUUAACACCAUACUUCGAGCACGUCAAAGAAGCUUGGGAGAAGAGACAUGAUCCGAACAUGCUGUUCCUGUUUUAUGAAGAUUUGUCAAAGAACUUGCCUGAUGCAGUUAAACGUGUCGCGAACUUCUUGGGUAAAAAAUUGGAUAACGUCCAGACCGCUGCUCUCUGCGAUCACUUGAGUAUUGAGAACUUUAAGAAAAAUAAAUCUGUCAACUUUGAGGAGUUCAGAGCACUCGGAAUGCUCGCCAAGGACGAAGCAUUUGUUAGAAAAGGUAAAACUGGAGGUUGGCGUGACUACUUCGACGAGGAGAUGACGAAACAAGCUAAACAAUGGAUCGAGGACAACCUGAAGGAUACUGACUUGCGCUUUCCACUCAAUAAAUAAAUGCUUCAAUUCCGUAAAUUAUUACUGAGCUACCUAUAUUACAUUAUACGCACAUAU